AGUUUCUCUUUCCAGAGGUCGAUCCUCCUCGCUGCUGCGCCUCACACUCUCGUCCUCGCUCCCGAUCAAUCCCCCACCCCACUCUCUGCGAUCUCCUUCAUCCAUGGAACAAACAAACAUGGACGCGGAACCACCGCUACCGCACCCCUCCUCCACCUCCUCCGCCCCUCUCCACCUCCUCCUUCGCCCUCGCCGCGAGACCUUCGAGCACGGCCUCCUCCCCAUCCCCAAGCUCAUCUUCUCCGACGGAACCCUAACCCUAGCCUCCCUCAAGGCCACGCUCCUCCGCAGGCCCACCCCAUUCCCCCACCUCGUCGACGCCCCCGCCUUCGCCGACGCCCUCGACAUCUCCCUCGACCACGCCCGCCUCGCCCUCCAAACCCUCGCCGCCGUACUCCCCUCCGAUCCCGGCGCCGCUGCCGCCGCCGCCGCCGAUGUCCACGACCUCCUCCUCUUCCUCUACGUGCAAUCCUACAAGCGCCUCCUCCCCAAGGCUCACAAGGACCCCACCGCCGUCGCCGACGUAUGGCCCUCCACCUCCGCCUUCGACGCCCACCUCUCCGCCCUCUCCCCUGUUCAGCUGCUACGCAGUAGUACCCGUCGUUUUAUACCUUCACAAGCUGAUGAGGAGACGCACCAAUUGUCGUAUUUACAAAAGCAUCUGGGCAACAUUCUUGCACUUUUGGCAGAUUCCGUGGAAUAUGAGGGCGAUGAAUCUUUGGUUUUAACGGCCCAAAAUUUUGAACACCUUGAAUUCCUCAUUCAAGUUGCUGAGAAGGGCUCCGAAGGAGUAAGCUUGAGCCAGGCAGCUCCCUUUUUUGCUAAUUCAGAUCCAGAGAUGCCAGAUGUUCCUGUCCCAGCCGCCCAAGUUCAUGACUGGCUUUUACAACAUAUAUCUGCUUCACUGGAGCAUGCUGCUGAGACAGAAAUAGUAAAAGAUAAUGGUUUAGUGAGACCUGCGGAUCAGGAUGUGCCUAUGGCUGAUGCCUCUGUGAAUUCUACAGGAUUACAGAAUAAUGUUGCGUACUCUCGAAGUCAGGUGUUUGUUGAAGGUUUCUAUAAAACUUCUGUCGUCAAGCAGGCACAUGAUAUUAAGGGUGAUUCUAUUAAGGUGUUGAAUUGCCAUGACUCGAUAAUCUACACAUUAGCACCUCUUAGGUAUGCUACAGUUUAUGGAUGUUCAGAUGCAACUAUAGUUGUCGGAGCUGUUGGUAAGGCUUUGAGAGUGGAGCACUGUGAGAGGGUACAAGUUAUUUCUGUUACAAGACGGAUAUGUAUUGCAAAUUGUCGGGAGUGUGUGUUUUACUUGGGCGUCAAUGAACAACCUCUUAUUCUAGGGGACAAUCAUAAAUUAAAAGUGGCACCAUACAAUACCUAUUACUCGCAAUUGGACGAACAUAUGGCUCAAGUCGGAAUUGAUGCAACUGUUAAUAGAUGGGAUGAACCCCUUGUUUUGGGCAUGGUCGAUCCUCAUGAUCCACUCUCUCAUCCUGCAGGAGUUUCUGACGUACAAGCUGAGUCGGCUACUUGUCUCGAUCCUGAUCAGUUCUCAAACUUCUUGAUUCCUAGCUGGUUUGGAACUGAAUCAGCACAAACGACAAAGCAAAAUCCUUUUUCAUUGCCUGAGAGUUAUAGAACAUUCCAGAAUAAAAGCCACUCCACUCUACAAGAAACGCAGCAAGUUAUAAGGGAUGUACAACUUGAGAAGGAAAAGAAACGAGAACUGCUGUGCGCUCUUCAUAUGCAUUUUAAAGACUGGCUGUAUGCUUCUGGGCAUAUUCGCCAACUCUAUUGUCUACAAAGUGAUUGAACCGUAAGCUUUUACUCACAAUCUGUAACCUCUGCUUAUAAAAUUGAAUAAGAGAAGCAGUUCCGACUCCUCUACCUUUCUUUGGACAUCCUUGCCUUCUACAUUUCGAACGGUCUAUAUAUGGUGCCAGAAGAUAUGCAAGAUAUGUAUUAUUCACUUGCGACAUCAGGUGCUUCGAGAAUCAGAUAGGUGACAGUGCUUUAUCUCUGUCUACCAAGUCUUGUUGUAAUGAGGUUGUAUUACUAUGAUUACUUACCUUUUUAUUAUUUUCAUUAGAUGGUAGUUUUCAUGAUGGUUUGUAGUUUCUGUAUAUUAUGUAGCGGCUAGUUGUAGUGCCGUAGGGUGAGUGGCUUUGGUCGGCAUCAACUUCUUUAGGACUAUUUAUUGUGGUAAUUAGGUUUGUUCAUUAUGAUAAUAAUAAAGAACUUACAGAGUGUAUAAAUGAAAUGUACAUAUCCACUUAUUAUU